AUGAAGAGGAUAAUAUCCGGUUUCUCGCAGCAACAGGCGAAGACAGGGCAAUCUCCAGCAGCCGCAAUGGUUCUCAAGACGGAGCUCUGUCGAUUUAGUGGGGGCAAGAUCUACCCUGGGAAAGGCAUCAGAUUCGUUCGAUCUGAUUCUCAGGUCUUUCUGUUUGCAAACUCAAAAUGCAAAAGGUACUUCCACAACAGGUUGAAGCCGUCAAAGCUCACCUGGACUGCCAUGUACAGGAAACAGCAUAAGAAGGACAUUGCCCAAGAAGCUGUUAAGAAGAGGCGUCGCGCCACCAAAAAGCCGUACUCAAGGUCUAUUGUCGGUGCUACUCUGGAAGUGAUCCAGAAGAAGAGAACCGAGAAACCAGAGGUCAGAGAUGCUGCCAGAGAAGCUGCCCUUCGUGAGAUUAAAGAAAGAAUCAAGAAGACAAAGGACGAGAAGAAAGCGAAGAAGGCCGAAGUGAUGGCCAAGGCACAAAAAGCACAAGGGAAAGGAAAUGUUCCCAAGGGUGCUGCCCCUAAAGGUCCCAAGCUUGGGGGAGGUGGUGGAAAGCGCUAAUUUUUUUUUUUGUCUGUUUCUUUUUUUCUUUUUUGGCUGCCACUUGGAGGAUUUUGAGACAUAUUUGAUGUUAUAUUUCAUUGAGUUUAAUUUGAAUGGAGCUUAUGUGGAUUUUUAUAAUAGAUGCUCAUUAUGGUAAUUGUGAAGUAGCUUUUGUUCA